CUCGCGGAACCGCCACCCCGCUGUCGAUCCACCUCGCCCACGACCUCGUGCGCCGGUGCGCAGCGGUUCCUCCGCCCCACACCGUCCUCCGCUCCACGCCGUGCGCGUCAUCGCUCGCCGGCCGCCGCGCCCUCCGCGCUGCCGCUGCGCCGCCUCCGGCGUUGCUGAUCCGCACCGGCUCCUCCGGCCUAGCGCCCCUGCCUCCUCUGCAACCGUGCCACGAUCUGCUCCGACCCGAUCUGCUCCGCCCAAAGCUGCCCGGCCGCCUGCAACACCGAUCGCCGCGAACUGCUCCAUCCUGAUCUACACUACCCAAACCCGCCCAGUUGCCUGCAACUCCAACCGCGCCGCGAGGUCUUCGUCCCCACUGUCGGAUCCCUAAGCCCUCUCCCACGACCCGACCCCGACGCCCACGCCGCCCUCGCUGUGGUCCAGGGACCCGCCGCCGGCGCCGCAGGUGCAGGAGGCCGCCGCUAGGGUGCGAGUGCAGGGGGCGGCCGCCGCAGUCCCUGCCUGUAUGCACCCGCCCGUCCAGAGAGAUCGAUGGGAGCAGACAGAGGAAUCAAUUUUCCAACUGCUUGGUGUUGGUGAGAGGAGAUUGGUGUUGCGGCUUGAUCCUUGCCAGUUGGAGUGGCAGUAGAGGUCAAAGUGAGGUGCUUGCGGGAGACAGAACGUAUAAUGGGGGAGACAGAGAGCAACAAGUGAGAGAGAUAGAUCAAUUUCUCUCAAUUUUGCAAUUGCUUUUUCUGAUUGUGCAGGAAUAUCAGGUGGAGUGCAACUGAUAUUAGUCCCAAAUUAAUCCUGUGCAUUCUUGCUCCCAAUCUAUUUAAUAUCAUGCCUUCUGGUCAUGGUUCGCUCGAUACACACGCCGUGCAGGCUCUCCAUGAGGACAAUGAUGUUGUGCUGUCGCACCAGCAAGGACGUACAGAAGAGGGAGCUACAAGGUUGAAAAGGAACAACUACGUCAUCGCAAUACACGUUGACGUUGAGGUGGACAGCCAUCUUCACCUCGAACCUUCGAGAUCCAACUCUGAGAUAGUCAGCUUCGUGAAGCGGGUUGCCAAUGACCUCAAGCUGCCAGGCAAUUUUCUCCCAUCCAUUCAGGUAAAGGCUCAUACCUUGAAAGACAUCAACUGGGAUAUGCUUCCUAGGCAAAAUGUUAUUAAGUUAAACUACAGUUUCUACUACACGGUUCUGUAAAACUAAAUUUAGAAAUCUCAAGGAAUUGCUGCCAUGAGUGUCCCUUAAUCUUACUUUGAUUUUGCUUUUGAAACAUUUUUUUGUGAGUGUGGCAGCAUGGAAGAAUUCAGCAUGCCAUUGUUGGUGAAGUGUUCUUUCAGCAACUUCUCAUUAUUGGAUAUUGUCUUUGAUGACUGAAUUUUACUUUCUUUUUUACUGACCUGCUUGUGGUCCUACGUUUUUUCAUGGGAUGGUUAGUGCUUAGUCGCUAACCAAUAUUUUUUUAUUCCUCAGAUGCUGUUGUACAAAACUAUUAGUGAACUGGCACAAGGCUUUCAUCAGUAAUACUGAAGUAGGUUUUCCAAUGAGGAAAUCUGACAAAUGCUGCAUUGAUUUUCAGCUUGAAAUGCAUGUCCUGGUAUUGGAAUGAUGAGACAUUGUGUUGUACAUGUUUUCUUGAACUUAGUAGUUGUAACUCAAUGGGCUGCCCUCAAAACUAACAUCAGCUAUUUUAUAGGACAUGACUGUUUUUCGUUUA